AACGAGAAGUUUUUUUACCUUUUCCGCUGGUAAUCUCCUCGCCCUCAUCGCGGCUUCUUUCGCCGUUCAUUUCAGAAGCCAAAGUUAUUCGCCCGCCCUACCGGAGUGGUAGUACGUGUGUGUGUGUGUGUGCGUGCGUGUGUUCGGUGCUUCGACGAGUUUUGACUCGUUUCGCUAGGCCCUCUUCACGGAUCUUGUGUGGCGUUGGAUUACCUACUCCGUUUCGUUUUGCUGCCCCGCGCGGUACACCGGAUCAGUGACACGGCCUUGUAGCUGCUGCAUGUGGGAGAAUCAUCGUCGUGCGUGGUCGCUAUUUGCGAAGUGUGUUUGCGGCGGCCCGCCGCAACCGAUUGCCACAAGUUCGUCGGGCUACCACGCCGAAGUGGCCAAACUUUGCAGCUAGCAACGCCAAGCCGCUGUUCGCAGUGCGCCACCGGCCCAGCACAAACUGGCCCGAGAAAGUUUGGAGACGUGAUUCCGAUUCGGGCUGGCGUCGUCCUAGCGCGGCCCCGCGAUGAAAAUCAAGGAUGGUGACGUGUCCUCCCGGCCGGCCAACAGGACAUCGGAUGCGGCCGGAGGAGGAGGAGACAAGGCUCACAGAGGGACAGUAAAGUUGCGCCCCCUCACAGUCGCCAUGUCCAGUGUGCGGACACCUCUGCAGACCGUCCAUGAGUCGGUCACGACCGACCAGGGCCCAAUCUUUAAGUCUCCUAAACUCCCUACGGGAGAGGAGGUGUCGGUGCUUGCGCCACGCACGACGUCGGCGCCACGCAGCCGCACCUCCGAGGAGCCGCACAUUGGCCGCUACCGACUGCUCAAAACCAUUGGCAAGGGCAACUUUGCCAAGGUGAAGCUGGCCAAACAUGUGCCCACGGGAAAAGAGGUGGCCAUCAAGAUCAUUGACAAGACGCAGCUGAACCCGUCGAGUCUACAGAAACUUUUCAGAGAGGUUCGCAUCAUGAAGAUGCUUGACCACCCAAACAUAGUCAAGUUGUACCAGGUGAUCGAGACGGAGAAAACACUCUACCUGGUCAUGGAGUACGCCAGCGGGGGCGAGGUCUUCGACUACCUCGUCGCCCACGGCCGCAUGAAGGAGAAAGAGGCGCGUGCCAAGUUUCGCCAGAUCGUGUCGGCCGUUCAGUACUGCCACCAGAAGCGAAUUAUUCACCGUGACCUCAAAGCUGAAAACUUGCUGCUCGACGGCGAGAUGAACAUCAAGAUUGCCGACUUUGGCUUCAGCAACGAGUUUGUGCCCGGCAUGAAGCUGGACACAUUCUGUGGCAGCCCGCCCUACGCAGCACCCGAGCUCUUCCAGGGCAAGAAGUAUGACGGGCCCGAGGUGGACGUCUGGAGCCUUGGUGUCAUCCUGUACACGCUGGUGAGUGGGUCAUUGCCCUUUGACGGAGCCAACCUGAAGGAACUACGCGAGCGGGUGCUCAGGGGCAAGUACCGGAUCCCCUUCUACAUGUCCACCGACUGCGAGAACCUUCUAAAAAAAUUCCUCGUCCUCAACCCUGCCAAGCGAGCCACGCUCGAGGUGAUAAUGAAAGACAAAUGGAUGAACAUAGGCUAUGAAGAUGAUGAGCUGAAACCUUACUUGGAGCCUGAAACAGACUUCGGGGACUCCAAGAGGAUAGCUCUGUCUUCCCGCGCAGAGAUCCUGAUGUCGAUGGGAUACAGCCGGGAUGAGAUAGAGGAUUCCCUGCGCAACAGGAAAUAUGACGACAUUAUGGCCAACUACCUGUUGCUAGGAAAGCGGACCACUGAGAAUGAAAGCUGUGAUUCGAGGUCUAGUUCCAGCUUAUCCCUUCGGACAUUGAGGCCCAGCGGCGUGGAAGCGGCGGCCGUGCCAUCGGCGCCCAACCAGUCCCCUUCCCACGUCAAGGUGCAGCGUAGUGCCUCGGCCACGGCCAACAAGCCGCACCGCAGGCUCAGCCACGGCGCCACCGAAUCGGGGGCUACCACACAGGCGGCAACCCCCAGCGCCGGCACCCCGGCGGCCGCAGGAGGGGGAGCAGCCUACAAGCGGCAGAACACUGUGGAUGUGCCCCGGGAGAGCCCCGGUUCCCCCCGGGCGGCCCCCAAGGCGGCCCUCAAGAAGGCCGGCUCGGGUGGCACCACAACGCCGCUGGCCUCCUCGGCCACCAACGCGACGAGCAGUCCCUCCAAGGCAGCGGCGGCCGUGCGCAAGGCCCCCAACUCUGCGCCCAACUACAUCAAGGCGAACCUGAGCGGCAUUCCCCGGCGCAACACGUACAACUACGCCGAGGCCAAGGCCGGCAGCCCCGCCACCAUCGAUGCACCAGCCAGCAACAGCUCGCUGCUGGAGGAGGUUGGGGGCGGGGCGACGCCGAUGCGAGCCCGGGGUCACACCAAGUCGGCCUCGGUGUCGGGCACCGGCCGCUCCUCUGACCUGGUGCCUCUCUGCCCCUCCGACCCGCUCAGGCCGCCCAGUGCGGGAGGGGCCAAGAGUGGAGGGGGGGCCGUGCAGGGCAGCCUGGCGGCGUCUCCGCUGCCAUCGCACACGAACCGGCCCUUCCCUAGGGGGACUGUGAACCGCAGCACCUUUCACAGCGGCCAGACGCGCCGCACCUACAACGGACCGGGCUCGGGGGGCUCGGGCCUGCCCCAGCAGUCGCAGGACACCUCUUCCGUCUCUGGGCGGCAGUCCUUCUUCAGCAAGCUCUCCUCCAAGUUCAGCAAGAGUGCUGCCAGCUACAAUGCUACUCCACCACCUUUGCCACGAGAGCUUAGGACAAGAGCAUCGGGCAGCUGUGCUGAGGGAACCGGAUUUGAAACCAACCGUCGGAGUCACUUGGUAUGCGCUACUGGGACGAUGAACGAGGAGCAAGUGAAGCCCCGGUCACUGCGUUUCACCUGGAGCAUGAAGACGACGUCGUCGCGGGACCCCGCCGAGAUCAUGCAGGAGAUCCGCAAGGUUCUCGACAAGAACAACUGCGACUACGAACAGCGCGAGAAGUUUUUGCUCCUGUGCGUGCACGGCGACCCCAACACGGACUCUCUGGUCCAGUGGGAGAUCGAGGUGUGCAAGUUGCCGCGGCUUUCGCUCAAUGGGGUGCGCUUCAAGCGCAUAUCGGGCACCUCCAUCGGCUUCAAGAACAUCGCCUCCAAGGUGGCCAACGAGCUCAAGCUUUAAGGGACUCUUGUCUGCCAGUGGUUGGUAGAAGAACAGAAAAAAAGCUCCGCUGCUGCCGCCUAUGCCGCUGUGGGCACGAGGCCGUGCGGGCCACUGUGGCGGUGGCGCUCAACUUGCCUCUACGCCCCGAAAACCCCUAUGGCGCUUGCAACCUGCGGCAAGACAUCCCGCUGCAACGAUGACAUCUAGGUGUACUUUGUGUGUGGGGGCUUGACCUGGCUCUGUUCCUGCUUGACAUUUUCUUUUUUCUUUUUUUACCCCAUUUGUGUUGCACUCGCAAGAAAGGGAUUAUGUGUAGCUUGUACCAUUUUCUUUUUUCUUUUCUACUUGUUCAUCGGUGAGGAGUGGGGCGGGGUUUUCGAUGUGUCGCAAAGCACGGAGCAGUAGCAUGCCUUGAGGGUACGGCAUCAUCCUCCGCUUCUAAGCUGCAGUGGCUCUUCUCGUCUUCUGCUUAGACGGGCAUGAAUUGAAGCAGCAUUGGAGACCCUUUUGCCACGGAGCUAGGGAUGCUGCUGACUGCGCAACUCCGAAUGCAACCGCAUUACGUCACAAAGGGCACGCCUACUGCCCUCUCCUUGUCGAGUGUCGCACUGGCCGAAUGUACUGAACUGUGCCCACCCUCCUCCCAAACUGACGACUCCCCGUGUGAAAGGACUCGAGGCUGGGUGAUGUGUGUGUGUAGCUGUGUGCAUGUCGUCACUGAGGUUUGCAUGUAUGUGUAUAUGCUUUUUUUUUUUAACCUUAGGCCCACCCAAUUUUGAUUUCAAUUUUUUCUCUGGGAUGUACGUGUACAUAAGAAAGGAACGAGGUUGACGUGAGCAUGACUGAGUGUUGUCUGUGACUUCGUAGUGGCAAUUUCAGGCUCUCAUCCGCGCACUCCAAGACAUUGCUGCUGGGAGCCUCAUAGUUUGCACACUACACGAACGUGAAAUGCCAGCCGUUUCAAAUACUAGCGUUCAAGCCGCAUUGGUAACAGGAACACUGGCAGGUGCUUGCCCACGGUCCUCCGCAUGCUCACCGCAUCAGUGGUAUUGACACCCUGAGGCUGGGGCGACAGGCGAGACGCUGGCCAUUUCGAAUUUCCGGUGUUGGCAUCUUUUUUUGGCCACACAAGACAUGUCUAGAACCAUCAUGGCAGCACUGCAUAGAAUGUUGACAGGCUCGUCAGAGAUGCCUGUCUCGCUCAACACGAGGGCACACUAGCCCAAGGAGCAACUUAAGAUGGAAGGCCGUGAAUUGCAACCCUCGGAAAACUAAGGUGAACAGAUGGAUGUACUUUGUUGUCGUCCUCAGGGGAAGGAGGGGAGCCACACUGCACAAGGUGGGAAGUAAAUGUCGAGUACACCCACAGUUCUAAGUGGUUACUUAUUUCACUAAGGGCGAAGGGCCCAUUAUGACGUCGCGACCGAAAACAUCGGGCGCGCUCGCUUCGUUGCCUGGUGCUGGCCUUUACCUUCUUUUCGAGUACGCCAAGCAGGAAACGUGCAUGUCGCAAGACGUCUGGAUUUUUGCAUUGGGCCCAGCGAAAGCGCGUGCUUGGCUCAAUUUCGCAUUUUGUGUUGCCCACCUCACCGUACGGUGUGCAGAGAACUGCACUGUCAUGUCAUAAAGUCCUCAUCGUGGUCAACCGCGUCAGUGCCAGCAUAGGCUCAGUGCACAGUCCUGUAUUUUCGGGACAAGAAGCGGUAAUUUGUAAUAGGUGGGAACAAGUUACUGCGGCAUAUAGUAUAUAAUUAGGAAAAGAAGCUGCCACGAAGUUCAUUACAAGGGCACUGUGUGGUAGGCAGUAUUGAGUUGUUCACUUCCCAAAUCGUAAUGAUUUGGGAAAUUUUUGCCUAGGUCACGUGAAGCAUUGUGGGAUGCGGGAUAGGGGUUAUACUUUUUGCUGCUAGGACGAACUUUACCCUAGGCACUGAGGAACGCCGCCCAUAGCUUCUACCUCGGCCGGGAACGGCUUGUUUUCUGGCCAGAGGAAGCUGUCACUUUUGUUAGACGUUUACUUAGCUCAAUGAGUCCCAUUCGUUUCUCCCACACUUCUUUUUGUUCAUCCUUGUGUAUCAAAUUGUGCCGAUUUAACGUGUUGAUCGCCGUUAGCCGUCUUGUACAUAAUGAGCAGCACUUUUUUUUUCUCUCAGACGGCUCCUCCCUGUUGUAAAUAAAUAGCGGGCAACGAGGAUUACUCUUUGAGGGAAAAGGGGGAGAACGAAACUGCAUUUUUCGCUAGAGUGCAGUUGCGUCAGUGGUGUGUUUAGUCGUCACAAUUUGUUUUCUCCCCCUCUUCCCACACCAACACACCAUUGUUUUAACAAGACAUGGCGCUUUGUUACUUUUUUUUUUUCUUAGGCUGCUGCAUGAACUGGACGUUUGACUGUUUCAUGUGAGAGAUACCUUCGAAGCUCUGUGGCAGCAGACAAGAUGACGCGGGUUGUACAUAGCUGCGGCCCUGUACGUGUUUCUUGGUGUGGCUGGCUGCCUUGGAAGUCUUGACCAGUGCUAGUAGCUUUCCCUGCCUUUUUUUUUUCGUUUUUUUUUUAUUUUCGAGGAAAUUGGUUAUAACUAGUUCAGUGUAAAUAUCUGGAGCUUUCAUAAUUACACGAGUAAGUGCUAGGGAAGUUUCUAGUGUAUAAUUUAUCUAAAAACAAAUAAAGGGUCCUUCAAGUACCUGUC